CGUUCAUCGCAGUCGCCGUACGACCGUUGUCUUGGUUACUACGCAACAAGUGAGCAUCGGAACAACUCCCACCAUAUGGUGGUGCUUGGUCUCAGUUUGCUACAAUCUCCCGCGUUUCGUGACUGACGGUUUUUUUCCUUUCUCGUACAAAUGUCCUUUUGGGUCUCGUUUGACUUCUUUAUGACCAUUAAAUCGUUGGCAAGUUGAUGGAAAUGAGGAAAUUUGUACCUGAACCGUGUGCUUGGUAAAAAUAUCGAAUGCGCGACGGCGUCUCGAUUUUACGCGCACUGAAUGCGAGUGGAUCAUUUGUAUGCAAAUAGGAUCAAGUGGUCGUCAUCGGUCCAAAUUGGCAAUUUCAGGACCUCGCUGCUAGUUAUACUCGAGACCCCAAAAUUUGCAGACCAACAGUUUCUCCAUUCUCUUCACUUUCGUCUUCUGGUUCUUCAAACUAUUCAUUCAUCCAUCCAUCCAUUAUAUCAUGAGCGAGCUGAGUCGCUGACAGCUGCAUUCGAAGAACCAUUUAAAGAACGAUUCAUCAAUCAGCCGCGUUGUGGAAUUGUGUGCCUUGAGAGAAAAAUCAGACGGAAAGGGGAGACGAGGAAGAUAAAGACCAACCAGUAAUUGCGCUCAUCAAUUCGGCCAAACUGGAAUUAAGUGCGUUUCACAGUGCAUCAUAACAGUUUUCGAUGGAAGACCGAUGACCUGACAAUUACGAAGAAUUCGAUAACAAUCCGUCCAUUUUAGUAACAAUUAUAUCAUUCUUUUCGGACUUAUUAUUCGAACGCUUCAUUGAAAGUGAUCUCUUCAACAAAACGUAUUUUUGGAAAACGCUUUGUACCUCUGUCUAUUACUAUAAAUAGUCGAACAUAAGUUAUUUAGAUGCUAGUUUGGAAUCAAUUUUGAUAACCAUUAUUUGGUAACGUUCUUCUGGUACAAGACAGAAGUGGUUACUUAAUUUACUUAAAAAACAUUGGUGUUUAAGUCAAAAAUAAUACUUAUAAAAACACUUUGUGAGUGGGUUGUUGAAAGUAUUUGUAUCGAAGUUUUUGAAAAGUUCGUUUUGUGUUUUGUUUUUAUCGGGACUUAAACUGACGUACGAUCUCAUGUGCUUAUCGGUGCCCUGAGGGGGCUAUGGAUUCGGGAACUUGCUGCCUGGCCCCUACGGCACCGCCUCGUUGCUCUGACGACCAGAUUGUUCCAGCCCAUCCCGGAGACUAUUGGACUUUAUCCCCUAACAACUAUUCGCAGCCAUUCAUCGACGCUUGGUUACAGAUGCAGACGAGUGACUUGGACACCUUCCUCUGCAAGCAAGAGUGGGAGCGUCGCCUGGAAGAAGAACUGGACAAGCCGUCGCGACGGGAGCCAUCGGCGUCGCAACUAGAUGACUUCUUCGAGGCGGCUGCUGUACAUAACAAUAACAACAACACUCGUCCUUCGCCCCAGCAGCAAGCCAAUAUGAGCUACGUCUCCAUGCGAACCCUCACCAGUGCAGACGAUGAUGUCUUUUUGCGACCCCCCUUGUGGGAAGAUAUAGCAAGUAGUAUACAGAAUAUCGACCCUGAGAAUGCCAACAUGCUUGUGGGCACUGGACACGUUAAACUUGAAGCUGUCGAAGAUCUUGCCGUUGUCAAUUGCACUCCCAGUCCAUUGCUGUCUCCUUUAGAAAUUAAAACCGAAAAGGUGCUUCAACAACCAACUACGUCACUUCAUCUGAUGGGCACGCCAACAUCUCCUUACAGUCAGCAGCCUACAAGUCCCCCACAACAACCCCAACCUCCACCCCCCACUGCCCAACAUUACACUCAACCACCGCUCCAUCAUCCUAAUAAUAAUGCACAUCCUCAACAGUAUAAGUACAACAAUGGUACACCUGUAGGUGCAGCCCCCGUUAACGCUUUGUAUCCCCCUAUCUCUCGAUUGAUGUAUAAUUCACCCCUGACACCGCCUAGUUCGGAGCCUGGCUCACCAGGGGGCACGUUACCAAGGCGCACACCACCACCUCCUUAUCCCAACCCUGGCUGCCAUCAAACUUCGUCCACAUCCGGACACAGGCUCACUACGACCAACAUUAGUAAUAAAUAUAACCGUAGGAAUAACCCUGAGUUAGAAAAACGUCGGAUACAUCACUGUGACUUUAUAGGUUGUACGAAAGUAUAUACGAAAAGUUCACACCUCAAGGCUCACCAAAGGAUACAUACAGGUGAGAAACCGUAUCAAUGCCAAUGGCCUGAUUGUGAAUGGAGGUUUGCGCGUUCUGACGAACUAACCCGUCACUACAGAAAGCAUACGGGUGCGAAACCAUUCAAAUGUGCCGUAUGUGAAAGAUCUUUUGCAAGAUCAGAUCAUCUUGCACUGCACAUGAAAAGGCAUCUUCCUAAGACCGCAAAAUAAUGCCAGCUUUUAUCUAAUUACUAUUAGAAUAUCAUUAAAGAAAAGUUAAAUACGUACUUUGACAAAAAGGUUACUAAAAAUAAUAAAUAUUUGUAUGAUUUAGUAUCGAAGAGCACUCUGUCGAAGUUGUUUUAAGAAAGUGAUGGUUUGGAAAUGAUCUUCUUUGAAUGUGACAUUGUGUGAUUUAAAGAAUAACCAUUUACAUAAGAUACAGGGUGAAGAUUAUUUAGAAAUAUAUAAGGCAAAUUUUUCUUCUUUACCGUAACUGUACUUACUAAGAAAAAUUUUUAUCAAUUUUUCCUAAGGUUACUGAUAGCGACAUUUACAAAAGAAAUUGGAAAUUAUUACUUUAGGUACUUGUUUAAUUUUUAUAAUCUCAGUUAAAUUUAUUGUUAUCAAAAAAUCAUUCCACGCUUUAACUAAAUCAUUAUGAUCGUUGUUGUAUCAUAGAAAUAAUCAAUAUUUUCCCAAUGUAUAUGAAAAUUGCACUUUCGCACUAAGAAAAAGUAUUUUUACUUCAGAUUAUAAAAUUUUCCUAUUUAAUUUUGCACAACAUGCAGUUAAUCAGUCAAUAUCCAUCCAAAAACUUUAUUUAGAAAUUGCAAACUUCAUUUCAAACAAAAAAAACAGCAACUUUUAGUAAGCAGAGUGUAUAUAAAUAAUCUGGUUUUUAAUUAUCUAAAAAUUGACAUUAGAGUUAAUUCCAAUAUUUGAGAUCGUUAGUAAAUUAACUUUUAUAAAAGUGUACGUCUGGCACAGUGCACUUUCACAAGUUUUAUUCAAGAUUUACCAAUUUGAAACACAAAUUAAACCUUUACAUAUGUUACGUGUUUUCAAGUGGUGGUAGUAUUUUAUUUUCGAAGAAGAAAAGUGACAUUGUCAUUGUUCUUUUUUUUUAAUAGUUUUUUUUUCAAAAAAUUCUUCUUACCCUUAUUGUUUUCAUUUCAUAUACUCUGUACCAUGCCAUAUUUAAUUAUUUUGCUCUUUUAACCGUCAACUUUUGCAGGUAUAUUACCUUAUAAUACAAAAAUAAAUGCUCUCUUAAUAUGUAUUGAAAACCACCAUUCCAACUUGUAUUUUUUUAAUGAUGAACAGGUGAACAGGAUAGUUUCCCAAAUUAUGACCUUAUUUUAACAUGACAUAGGCACUACUAAGAGAAAUCGUGAUCUCUUUCUUAGGAAAUAAGUCUAAUAAACAUCACAGUAUUUCGUUUUCCCAUUGUACAUUACUUUUUAAUUUAGCACUUCGAUUGAUAAUAAGGCUAUGAUUUAUUUUAUAUGUAGUACAUGUUAAUCAGAAAGCUUAGAAAUUAAUUAUUUAAUUCCCAGUACUAUUUGUUACCAAAGCAAUAUACUAUUUUGAAUAAUUCUUACCAAGAUUUGUACUGACGCAGAAAAUGCCAUUUUUGUUUAAUAAUUUCUUUCCCAAUCGUUUUUUUUUUUCUGUAAGCUUUUAUAUACAUAGGUACGCCAAAAGGUACCUACCUUGCAUUUUAAUGAUUUUGUCUUUUGAACAUAUAAGUCAUUGUUAAUGAAAUUUAAUGACAUAGUAGUAUAAAUUGUUGUAUUCACAAUGAUACGAAACAUUUCGUCAUAUCGUACUUACUUAGAUUUCAUAGGUGCUGUUAAACUCGAUUAAAGAAAAAAGCUUAGAAAAAAUGCCUACACUGCGCAAACUCGUAAGCCACAUAUGGUACGUGCCCUAUUUUUUAAUUUAGAAACAUAGUUAUUUGUCGCAAUAUUUAAAUAAAAGAAUCGAUGAGGCCUUCUUUGAGUGUCUUUUAAAAAACAAAGUAUAAUAAUAAUAAUAUUAAUUAAUACAUUCCCUGAACGUAUCUAUAUCAAAGCUACUUACUAUUUUUUUUAUGUAAAAGAAGGUAGCAGAAUAUUGUGAUUUUUAAUUUUUA